UCCUUGGAAAUGUUUAUGAAAUUGUAUAUAUCAUGUCUUGUCUUCAUCUCUGUUUCAGUGCCCUCGGUUUCUGCUGUAUCCCCUGGCAGAGGCGUGGAAAGAUGCGCUAGGAUCUACAAAUCUCUGAUUCAAGAAGCCAAGAGUAGAACAUCGAGACCUGAGGAAGUAUGCGACUACCUUUACCCGUUCUACGAUUGUGGGCUACGAUCAAUGGCAAACGCCGGAAGCCUUACGGAAAAAGUCGGACGGUUGAAACAAAUCCUGCAGGAGAAAAAGAUGAACCAGUACGAGUGUAACGAAACAAUUUACACAGCUGCUGAGGCUAUCUGGAAUUUCGGUGAUUACUCAAAUUUUAAAGAAAAGGGUGAUGUCACUUGUGCGUCCUUGCUAGGCAAUUACGAUCACGACACAAACAACAUCUGUAACCACACCCUCACUCUACUCAUCUGCACAGUGAGCAACUUCAGAGAAAGACCAUCAGAUGAGCUCAUCUCCGAGUUUGUGACAAACUUCAGAGACAACAGCAACUGCAGUAUCGAUGUUAACGCCACUAUUCACAGAUUAUAUUCCCACUCUGGUGAUUCGAACUCUUCUGUGGAUCGAAGUUUAAAUAUAGCGUUGUUAACUGUCGCCAUGGUAAUGGUGGUUGUCUCAUUUUUUUAAAC